GGCCGCGGUGAGGAGCAGGGGCCGGUUCAGGUGAGUUCCCUGUGCCGGGUUCCCCCGUGUCCCCCUGGCGCUGAGAUGGCGGAGGGAGCGGCUGCCCGCGCUCUCCUCCUUGCCCGGCUCGCUGGGGACGAGGCGGUGCCGCAGCAGCGAUGGCUCAUCCCGGCUGCUCUCGCUGGGACACAGGGGCUGCUCCGUGCCCGGGACACUUCCCGGCCCUGCGGCCCCGGGCUCGGCGCCGCUGCUCGGGCGGGAGGUGUCCCUGGCCGGCUCAGGGCUGCCCCGGGAGGAACCUGAACGCGCCUCAGAGCCCAAAGCUCUGCAGGCGCCGAGCGGAGGCAGAAAGCGCCGCAUGGUGCUGCUGCGGGGCCGAGGCUUCUUGGCGCUGCCUUCUGUGCCAGGACCCGCUUCGUGUUCCCACGCAGGGACCCAAAGCGGCGGGGUCAACCGAUCUGUCGUGUACGGGGUGCUCCAUCGCUGCCUCUGCUCCCGGGGCAUGCCGAUCCCUUCCCCACGAGGGGCUCCGUCAGUGCCUAAGCUCCAAGGUCACCCCGAUCGAUGCCGCAGGGGGGGAGGGUGCCGUCGAAUAUUCAGCUCCCCAGGCACCCCGAACGGUGCCCUGGGGAGGAGGGGGGGGAGGGGUGGCGCGGGGACUCCGUUUGUUCCUCUGCUCCCGGGGCACCCCGAUCGGUGCCGAUGAGCUGCUCGAUCGGUGCCCUAGCUCCUGGGGCACUCCGAUCGGUGCGGCAUGGGGGGCUGCAUGGGUGCAUUAGAUCCCGGGGCAUCCCUUUUCUGUACGGCGGGGGAUGGGAUUCCGUCGAAUACUCAGCUCCCAGGGCACCCCGAACGGUGCCGUGUGGAGGGGAGGGGCGGGGGGACUCUGUCGGUUCCUCGGCUCCCGGGGCACCGCGAUCGGUGUCGGGACCGGAGCGGCCUCAUGAGCUGUCCUGUCCCCGCCUCCGGCAGCUCGCAGGCGCUGUCCCCGCCUGUCCCGGCACGGAGCUGGGCUGCAGCGGCUGCAGAGCCCCAGGGGCCGCGGCUGCGGGCACCGGAGAGCUCCCGGAGGCCGCGCUUGUCUCCGCAGGUGCUGCCGCAGCGUCCGCGGAGCGGGGCCAGGGCGGCGCUGAGCUGGCAGCGCCUUCCUGAGCCUCGGUGUCCCGCAGGGCCGGCACCAGCAGUGACCUCUCCUCAUGUCCCUUGCAGUGUGCCACCAGUGUGGGAGUGAAGCUGUUCCCGAGGCCGAUCUCCGAAAGGCUUCUCCAGCAUUCCUGAUGUCUCCGGAGCAAGGGGCUGUUUGUUCCCAGCAGAGAGAUGCCGGCUGUGAGCUGGAGGAGAAUCAAUCCUGCUCCCAUCAUGGAGUUGUGCAGGACCGCCUGCAUGUCCAGGAGGGACCAGCAGCUGGGGUUCCACACUUGCCUGGGGUGCAAGAAGCCACUUGUCAUGAGCAGGGGGAUGCCACUUGUGAGUGUGCAGUGAAUGAAGCUGUGAAGAAUGGAUUGUGCAGCAGUGAUGGGAGUGUGAGGGAGCCCCUGGGUCCCCAGGGCACAGCAGCAACCGGCAAUGCACACAGAAGGAUCCUCAGAAGAUUCCCGGGCAAGCGGUUCAGGUGCCGUGCCGUGCCCGUGUUGGUGCUGGUUGUGCUCGUGUUGCUGGUGCUGGCUUUGGCGGUGGCCUUGGCUGUGCAGUCAGCCCCACAGCUUCCAGUCACACCUGCGACUCCACAGUGCUGUCCCUUAGGCUGGAUUGGCUACAAUGGGCUCUGCUACUACUUCUCCAGGGAUCACAGCACCUGGGAGCAGGGUCAGGAACGGUGCUCCGAGCUGGGGGCCUCCCUGGCCAUUGUCAAGGAUGCGGACCUGGGUUUGCUCUUCCGCCUCCGCGGGAACGUCGAUUACUGGCUCGGGCUGCGCAGACGGGGCCAGCGCCUGCACUGGGGGGACGGCAGCAACUUCAGCUCCUGGGUUCCUGUCCUUGGCGAUUCCAAGUGUGUGUACCUGGCUGAGAAUGUAUUUGUGAGUCAGAGGUGCUCCAAUGAGCAGCCGUAUCUGUGCAGCAAGGCCCAAGCUCCCCUGUGACAGGGGCUGCAGAAAGGACCUUCUCCACGCUGGGCAGUCCCAGCUUCACCUCUCAGCCCGGCAUAGGCUGUCUUUGCUCAGCUGCAGCCUGUGCCUUGCCCUCACUCUCAGGGUCACCUCCGUGCCUGUUCCUCACCACUGCCAAGGCCGGGCUGGGUGUCCAAAGGAAAAGUCUCUGCAAUCCCUCGUGGCCCCGGUGCUGCCUGCAGGGAGGGCAUUGCCCCCGUGACAGCCCCAGCUCCAAGGGCAGCCACCAGCGCCCCUGCCGGCGGUGCGGGAACUGCAGCCAAGGGGAAAGUGCCUGCGGCCGAGAGCGCCUGGGGCUGGGUUUGGGCUCUGUUUGUUGUUAAUGCCGCACUCGGGGUUGUCUGUCCGCUUUGUGCUACUGAGACACUAAUUUUGAAGCUUUGAGAAAAGCUAAUGUUACAGUUAAGAAUAGAUGUUGCUGAUUUAGCUGAAAUGAAUAGAUAAGCUUUGCUGAAAUCAGUUAAAAGUUAGAGGGUGGUUAAAAGAAACUGGAUUUAAGAUAAGCUACCUCGGAUUUAAUAACUCAUUGCUUGUCAAACAGAGAAACUAAUCAAUACAACACCAGACCUCCUGUUUCCAGAAACUCACUGAAAUCGUUCUGGAAAACAGGAAACAGGGAGUUCUACCAUCCAUCAGUCACACCUGCAUUGAAAAGUUGAAAGUCUAGAACGAGGAAGACUCGUUUUACUUCCUCCUUUUGGUGACCACUCCUCACAAAAGGACCACUGACCCAUUUCAGGGAAUAAACUACGCGUGCUUAAUAGGCUU